AUGCUUUCUGUGAGUAAUAAAGGUAGACCUUUCAGUCAGAACUCUGAAUUUGGUUCACAUCAAAUAAUCCACUCUGUAGAGAAACCUUAUGAAUGUAAACAAUGUGGAAAGGCUUUCACUCAGAGGGGCAGUCUUGCUAAGCAUCAGAGAAUCCACACUGGAGAGAAACCUUAUGAAUGUAAACAAUGUGGAAGGGCUUUCACAUGGAGGGGCAAUCUUGCUGUACAUCAGAGAAUCCAUACUGGAGAAAAACCUUAUGAAUGUAAACAAUGUGGAAAGGCUUUCAUGCAGAGGAACCAUCUUGUUGAACAUCAGAGAAUCCACACUGGAGACAAACCUUAUGUAUGUAAACAUUGUGGAAAGGCUUUCACAGGGAGGAGCCAUCUUGCUACACAUCAGAGAAUCCACACUGGAGAGAAACCUUAUGAAUGUAAACAUUGUGGAAAGGCUUUCACACAGAAGAGCUAUCUUGCUGAACAUCAGAGAAUCCACACUGGAGACAAACCUUAUGUAUGUAAACAUUGUGGAAAGGCUUUCACAGGGAGGAGCCAUCUUGCUGCACAUCAGAUAAUCCACACCGGAGAGAAACCUUAUGAAUGUUCACAAUGUGGAAAGGCUUUCACAAGGAGAGGCUCUCUUGCUGCACACCAGAGAAUCCACACUGGAGAGAAACCUUAUGAAUGUAAACAAUGUGGAAAGGCUUUCACAUGGAGGAGCCAUCUUGAUAAAUAUAAGAGAAUCCAUUCUGUAGAGAAACCUUAUGAAUGUAAACAAUGUGGAAAGGCUUUCACUCAGAGGGGCAGUAUUGCUAAGCAUCAGAGAAUCCACACUGGAGAGAAA